AUGAGUCAUGACUUUUUAGGUUUAACAACAAAAGAACCGCUCAAUACUGAAAAAGACAAUCCCUUAUCUUUGAAUUAACGCCUCAGCGAAGAUCUUAAAAACUGUAUAAAGUAGCUUAGAAACUUUUAAAAGAAAAAUAGAGAAAAUAAUGGAGUUGAAGGAACUUAGUAAAAUAUUUAUAGCAGCAAUAACAUUCUUCCAAAUGGUUAAGGAAAUGGAGCAAUAUCAAGUGUUACUAAUUUGAAUGCAAUUUCCUCUUUUGGCGGCCUAAACAACAAUAACAACAAUAAUAAUUUAUUGAGCAUGCAGGAUUUGCAAAAUGAAGAAUAAAAGAAGCCUGUUAAGGUUCAUUUAUGGCUUCACGAUGACGAACUGAAGGAAAACCGUAUUACUGAAUUAGAUACCAUGCGUUCUUUCCAAGUCAAUCCUGCCUUUUUGGGAUAUGACACAGAAAGACUUAAGAAUGACCCUAGCUAGAAGAAAAUAAGAAUAGAUAUUGCAGCAACAUCUAAUAAAGAUUUAUUCAAGCCAUUCGAAAUUCCCGAUCCAAAUAUAAAUACCUAAAACUAGCCUUUCUCCAUUCAUCACAUAGAAGGAUACUAAAACCACCAAAUAUAAAUACCAAAGUACUUCCGCCAUAAGUCAAAGAGGAUGAAAAUGGGAGAACGCUCCACUAUUAUUAAAAAAGGGAAAGUUUUCACUAUAAAAUACCUUCCAAAAGAAUAUAUUUAGUAAGAAUGA